CCAGACUUCACUCGCUUGACUGACACCGAAACGUUGCUGUUAUCAUCUCCAGCAAACGUGGCACGCGUGAGCGUUACAAGAAGGAGAAGAAGUGAGGCAGGCGUUGGACAGCGAAGACUCCAAAGUGCGUCAAAAGGAAAGGCGUCGUCGUAGUGAGUGCGACGUCGUCUGCAAGGUCUCACCAUCAUGGCGUGGCUGAGGAAGCCCAUACGCGGCAUCCUGAUGGACAUCACCGGUGUACUGUACGAGAGCGGCGAACGGAAAGCCAUCGAAGGGUCCGUCGACGCCCUCAAAAUGCUUCGCACGGCCGACAUACCGUUCCGCUUCAUCACAAACGAGACGCAGAAGACGAAGGAGCAGCUGGACUCAUCGCUGCACCGGCUGGGCUUCGACAUCUACGAGAAGGAGAUCUUCAUGUGCGUGCCUGCCGCCAAGAAGUUCAUCCACGACCUCAACUACAGGCCGUUCCUACUCGUCCAUCCCAAUGUCGAAGCCGAGUUCGCCGAGUGUGACCUGAAUGAGCCCAACUGCGUCGUCGUGGGCGAUGCGGCCAACAACUUCUCGUACGAGAACAUGAACCGAGCGUUCCACGUUCUCGUCGACAAUGACGACUCGGUCCUCAUCACCCUCGGCAAAGGAAAGUACUACAAGGAACAUGACAAAUUGACCAUGGACGUUGGCCCCUUCACAGCUGCUCUAGAGUAUGCAGCUGAUCGACAGGCCAUUGUGAUUGGCAAGCCCGGUGAAGAGUUCUUCCGCAUGGCACUAGAAGACAUGAAACUGCGGCCGGAAGACGUCGUCAUGAUUGGCGACGACAUCGUCUGUGACGUCGGUGGCGCCCAGAGUGCCGGGAUGCGCGGCGUGCUCGUGCGCACCGGCAAGUUCCGGCCCGAGAAUGAAAAUCACGCCAACAUCAGGCCAGACGCUAUUGUCAAAAACCUGAUGGAAGCCAUCGAGCGGAUUCUCUCGACAGAACGGCCGACCAAGCCAGUUCUUCCGCAGUGACUCUAAGAACACGCGCGCAAGCUGCGCGAUAUCUCUUCAACGCUAUUUCUUGAUACGCGAUUGUUUAAUAUUAAAGGCCAAGCAUAUCAACUCGUACAACACAGAAGAUGCACAUAAACCACAGUGUUUUCAAAGCUACAA